CUCUCCUGGACCCGCCCCCCUCCCCGCUGCCCCGCAUCUCGGCCUCCGUGGCGGUGGCGGGCUGCUCGACGCCGCCGUCGUCCCGGGCAUCCGCCGCCUGCCACCUCCCCAUCCUCCUCCCAUUCCUGUGACCUCCUCCUGAGCCCCAUAUCCAUCCCUUUCCCCGUCGCCCCUUCCUCUUACAACCUUCUCCAUUGGAGCAGCUCGACAUGAACCCUAAUCCUCUGCUGCUGGUUUUUUAGAUUGUCCUGUUGUUCUAUCCGAUUGUGCACUGCUGGUUGUCCUGCUCUUCCAGCUGAUUGCAGUGGUGUUCUUCUUGCAGUUUGAAGAUGGAUCUGAAGGACAGCCUCUCCAGAUUUAAGCAGCAGCAGGAGAGGUGCCAGUCAUCUUUGGCCAGCAUAGCUGCAAGCCAAGCUUCAACCACAAAACCAAAGCACAGGGCCCAACCGAUUAAUGCUCCAUCUGCUCCAGCAAGGCCUGCACAACCUAUUAAAUUUUCAAACGAUACAGAAAGGCUGCAACAUAUUAAUUCAAUUAGGAAAUCUCCUGUUGGGGCACAGAUCAAACUUAUCAUUGAACUGCUUUACAAGACAAGACAAGCUUUUACAGCAGAGCAGAUAAAUGAUGCAACUUACGUUGAUAUCAAUGGUAAUAAGGCUGUCUUUGACAGUCUGAGGAAUAACCUCAAAGUACACUAUGAUGGGAGGCGUUUCUCAUACAAGUCCAAGCAUGAUCUGGAGGGGAAAGAUCAACUACUUGAUUUGAUAAGGUGUCACCAGGAGGGUCUUGCUGUUGUGGAAGUGAAGGAUGCAUACCCAAGUGUAUUGGAAGAUUUGCAGGCUCUGAAGGCAGCAGGUGAAGUUUGGCUGUUGUCAAACAUGGAUUCACAGGAGGACAUUGUUUACCCUAAUGAUCCAAAAGUGAAGAUCAAGGUUGAUGAUGACCUGAAGGAGCUCUUCCGUGGGAUUGAGUUACCACGUGAUAUGGUUGAUAUCGAAAAGGAGCUCCAGAAGAACGGCAUGAAGCCGAUGACCGACGUCACCAAACGACGAGUAGCAGCCCAGAUCCAUGGUGUGAAACCCAAGGCUAAGCCUAAGAAGAAGCAACGCGAGAUAACUAAACGGACCAAGCUCACGAAUGCCCAUCUGCCUGAGCUGUUCCAGCAUCUUAAAUCUUGAUUGUGCCGUGAUCAGCAACUCCGAUGUAUUUCGUUUCAUCCUACCUCUAGUUAAUGUCAUCGCAAUUUUAUGUGUGCCUGCAGCCCUAGUUUGUGGUUAUGUGAGCUCCAAGAUCUUGAUCUGAGAGCCCUGUUGUGUGUAGCAUAAUCUGACUUGAAGAGUUUGAGAUUGUUUUUGAUGAUCAUAAUCCUCUCAAAACUGCCAUGGUGUAGCAUGCCCCAUGGAACGGGUUAUUUCGUUCCGGUGGAAUGUUUGGCUGCUAGUGGUAGGCUGUGCGUGCGUUUGUUAACCGGAAUGAGUGUAUGUAUGUGUAUGUGAGUAUAUGUUUGUUCUGUGUUUAGUAAAAAAUAAAGUAGUAGUAUGAAA